CCCUACGCAUCGACCAUCGCAGUGUUAAAGUCGUUGCGAAACAAGAUAAACAUUAUUUUUUUCGUCUAUUUGAAAAAAAAAGAUAUGAAAGUGUUUUUGUGGUUCGUAGCGGUUUUUUUGCCAUUGGCGCUGGCGCAGCCCGUUAAUUUGCGAGCUGAAGAAGAAGAGAACGAGGUGGACAAUGGCAGUGAAUCGGACUUGUUCAAUGGUUUAAUGCAUUUAGGCGCAGCGAUUUUUGGAACUCCGGACGUUAAGUCAGGUGAAGCAGUGUCGACGUGGAAAGAGACCAGUCAAUUAAACCCUGAAGAAAUGGGCGAGUAUGCCGAGGGUGACAUCUUACAUCCAAUUGGAAAUUCUAGGAAUGGAUUGAAAGCUGUAUCGUCUAGAUGGCCCAAAGGCAUCAUCCCCUACGAAAUCAGUCCGUCUUUCGGGUCUAGUGAUAGACAGAUGAUAUUGAGUUCAAUUGAUGAAUAUAAAAAACUUACAUGCCUGAAAUUCACUCCAAGAACUUCUUAUGACACUGAUUACAUUUACUUCACUAAUGGAAACACGGGAUGUUGGUCAUCAGUGGGAAAAAUCGGAGGAAGACAAGAAAUAAAUUUACAAACUCCGGGUUGUUUAUCUAAAAAAGGUACAGUAAUGCACGAAAUGCUUCACGCCGCUGGAUUCAUGCACGAACAGAACAGACCUGAUCGGGAUAAAUACGUUACCGUCAACUAUAACAAUAUCCAAUCGGGGAGGGAGAAUAAUUUUGAAAAAGCCCAAAGUUCGAUGAUUGACAGCCAAGGUAUAGGUUAUGACUAUCGUAGCGUAAUGCACUAUUCAGCCAAUGCUUUUUCGAAAAAUGGUCAAGCCACCAUUGAUCCGAAGACACAAGGAGUGACAAUGGGUCAGAGAGAAGGUUUAAGCAGAAAGGAUAUUCAAAAGAUUCAAAAGAUGUACAAUUGCAAAAAUAAUAUGGAUUCGGAUUCGGACUCGGGAUCUGGAAACAAUUUAUUUGGAGCUGUUCAAAGUUGGUUGCCGUUUAAAUGAUUCAUAGGCAAUUAAAAACAAAAAUUUUCAAGGACUACAUAAUAUUCAUCCACAAAGUUAUCAAAAACGUAUUGAUUAACGAUAUAACAAUAGCUGUAUCAAUAAUAUUGAAAUUACAUUUAUUAUAAUAUGUUUUUUGUGAUCUUAAUUCAACUUAUAUGCAUAGUAAUAACUAAAAUAUAAUAAUUGUUUGUAUGUGUAUAGUUAGUAUGUGUGUAGU